AUGGACCGCGGUGACAGCGGGCCGGGGGAGGAUCAUUAUCCAUGGUCAGCACUGGCAGCAUCACGUGGCGUCAGCACCAGCAGCCCAACACCACCUCAUGACCCCUCGCACACUGUUCCGAGCUCGUUCACGAGCGCGGGCAGGAGGAGGUGUAGCCGCUCCGAAGGCCGCAUUGGCCAUGGUUCAGUACGCUUUGAACUGGAUGGGGACUCCGGAAACACCGGUGCGCAGGUCGACGGCAACCUUCCUUACUCAGGGACUCUGGGGGAUGCCCCGUUUCCAGGUCUGGACUCUACGAUCCCACGGCAGUUUGCACGGCCUCCUCCUCCACCGCCCUUGACGCCCCCGACUUUGAGUGGCUCCUUUUACCCGUUUGAAGACCGCCGCCCCAGCAGUGCAGCCUCGAUACCUCCAGCACUCGACAUGAGCUUCAUCCAUCAACCGAACCCCCAAUACGGCGGCUCAACAUCUACCAACGUGCCAAGCUCGAGCCCCCAGAGCGCAACCGCUGUUUCGCGUCGAAGAUCCUACACCAAGAGUGUUCCGAUCGGGAUUCCUGUGCCCACCACCACCGUCUCGGCUUCCUCAUCCGCCGAGACCAUGACCACGAGCAGCACGGCUCAUACGUUCUCCCCGUCGAGCUAUCCGCCCAUGUCACCGCUGCUUCCCCCGCCUCCGCCAAACCAGUAUGACCUCUCGCCAUCGGCCCCGCCAGAAUAUGAAUUUGUGGGCGGACCGGGCGGAUCCGGGGUCUUUUUGUCUCAGCAGGAGAUCGAUCUCCAGGGGGAGAUCAUUUCGGUCAUGGACGACGCCGGGCACGGAUGGAAGCGCCACACGAGGGUGUACGGCGGCGGCGUGUGUCUGGCGUGUGUCGCGGCGGCGGCGAGGGGUGGCGGGCAGGGCGGCUUCUACGGGGAUAAAGUGCCGCUUGAGGAUCGGCGGUAG